AGCUGGUGAUGCAAUGAUCCUUCUAAAAAGCAUCAAUUUUGAGUUCUUCUUGUGUCUGGAGAUGACCUGUCCUAUCUUCCAGGUGACUGAAGUUGCAUCUGAUGCAUUGCAGCAGAAAGACAUGGACCGGGCUGCAGCAUACAGCAUUGUUGAUAGAGUUUUAAAGAGGCUGGCCUACAGCAGAACAGAAGAAGAGUUUGAGAAGAUGUAUAAACAGGCUACAGAGAAGGCUGCAUCAGUGGGCCUGGAUCCUCCAUCUGAGGUCCCUGGUCAAGCUAGGAGGAGGAAAGUGCCAGAGAAGUUCAAGUUUGCUGCCACAUCAGCUACGACUGACCAUGCUUUCCCAACUUUGCUGGAGUACUACCGUGUUAAAGUGUAUUACGUUUUUGUGGACACGAUGAUACAGGAGCUUCAGAGACGCUUUAAAGGAGGAGAUGAUUCCAAAUGGGAAAUCUUGCAUGCCUUCCAUUACCUGGCAGUCCCAGAGAACUGGAAAACAGCUAGCAUUCCAACAGCAGCAUUCCAGGCUGUGAAGAAACUGUGCCAGUUUUAUAACAUUGAAGAUGAAGACAAAUUGCAGACCGAAUUGAAGGUCUUCCAUACAUCAUACUCAUGCCCACCACCAGUCAAUGUGUCAUCUAUUUUUUCAGUGGUCAAGGAAAACAAUGCACAUCUAGUUUUCCCCAACAUGACUCAGCUGAUGAAGACAUAUGGCACACUUCCGGUGUCCACAGCAACUGUGGAACGUUCCUUCUCUAAACUGAAGAUGGUGAAAACCAAACUUCGCAGCCUUUGGAAAGAGGAGAGAUUGUCUGACCUUCUUUUGUUGGCCAUUGAAAAGGACAUUCCAAUAAAUGACAAUGAUGUCAUUAACAUUUUUAGGGACAUGUCCAACAGGAAACUUCUGUUAUAAGUGCCUACAACCACUUCUCCUCCACUUAUUGCUCUUGGUGUGCAGCAGCCAGUUGGGAGCAUCUCCCUGACUCCCUCUUAUUUUCUUGGAGCAGUCAGCCUUGGCAGUCUAACGUCAACUCCAUCAGCUGCAGCAGCGGCAACAACAACAGCAAAAGCAGCAUACUCAGUCAAGGACUUUUUUUCUGUUUAAUGUAAAUAUUAAUGUCUUGUAUUUUUGUAAUUCAGUUUUUGCCUUCAAAAUAGUCACAA